AGCACACGCCUUUAACUUCUUUAUAUAAAGAGAGCAAUGUCGUUCAUUCUUUUGCUGUAUCGAACCAUAAGCAAAGAGAGUCCUACCUAGUACCACCGUUUUAUUCAAGUAGAACCAUGGUCCGUGAGAAGAAGCUCGUCGAUGACGUAUCUGGAUGGCUGAGAAUUUAUGAUGAUGGAUCGGUCGACCGAACAUGGACUGGACCCCCAGAGGUAAAGUUCAUGGCCGAGCCAGUCCCAUCCCAUGAUGAAUUCGUCGACGGAGUAUCCACACGCGACAUCUUCAUGUGUGAAAAGUCUAAUCUCAAGGCUCGGGUUUAUCUCCCAGAGAAAAAGCCCGGGGAAACCGAAAAGUUUCCCAUCGUAGUCCACUUCCAUGGAGGCGGUUUUUGCAUUAGCCAGGCUGACUGGUACAUCUACUAUCAUAUAUACACACACCUUGCACGUUCAUCUCGAGUGAUUUGUGUCUCGGCCUUCUUACGCCGUGCUCCUGAGCACCGUCUCCCAGCAGCCAUUGAUGAUGGCUACUCCACGCUCCUCUGGCUGAGCUCCUUGGCUCGAGGUGAGUCGUACGGGCCCAGCUGGCUCAAGGAGAGCGCAGACUUCAACCGUGUUUUCCUCGUUGGAGAUAGCUCGGGAGGGAACCUUGUCCAUGAAGUGGCUGCAAGAGCUGGGAAGGCGGAUUUGAGUCCGUUAAGACUAGCCGGAGCGGUUCCAAUCCACCCGGGAUAUGUCCGCUCUGAGAGGAGCAGGUCUGAGUUAGAGCAACCUCAGACACCUUUCCUAACUCUAGACAUGGUGGACAAAUUCCUGAGCUUGGCAUUACCUGUUGGGUGCAACAAAGACCACCCAAUAACAUGUCCGAUGGGGCCAGCAGCGCCGCCAUUAGAGGGGCUUAAGCUGCCACCUUACCUGCUUUGCAUAGCAGAUCAGGACUUGUUGAUAGACACAGAGAUGGAGUUCUACGAGGCCAUGAAGAAGGCUAACAAGGACGUGGAGCUGUUUAUUAGCACUGGAGUGGGUCACAGUUUCUAUCUCAACAAAAUUGCUGUGGAUAUGGACCCUAACACGACAAAGCAAACCUCUAAUCUCAUUGCUGGGAUCAAAGAAUUCAUCAAAAAGCACUGAAAUCGAUCUGAAUCGCUAGCAUUUUAAUUCGCAUCAUCUAGAUAUCUGCAUGCAAUUAAUGUUAUAUUUACAACGAUAUGCUGGAGACUGGAGUAAUAUAUAUAGUAUAUAUAUAAUAAUGUUAUGUUCGUGUAUUCUAUUUGGCUUUUGCUUUUAUUUUCUUUGAUCUAAUUUAUAUGAUCUUUGCUACUGUGCAUGCAUCAUGUUUUUUUGCAUUUUAAUUUGGAGAUUUUAUGAUAGUGAAAAGUGGUGUUAAUUGUUGCGUAUACGUACGUACUGCAAACAAUAUAUCGGUGGUUCAAAAUUCUUGGCCUUGUAUAUAUAUCCAUCUUCAAACGCAAUUGGCACUACAAGAAAAAUAUAUAUUUACAACGAGAAUGAUUAU